GGACAUGGAGUUGCAGUAGUUCUGCCUCAAAAUGACAACGAGACUGGACAAGAAUCUAAGUGGCUUCCAUGGGGAGAAAUGGCCGGAUUGUUUAGAUGUUGUAGAGGAAGAAUCGAUCAAGCAGUGAUUGUAGAGGAAAAUGCCUGAGGAGGAGUUCAUUACACAAACAAGGAUGCCAGAGACGAGUAUGACCAAGAGCAAGUCUUCAGCUGGCGUCUACCCUCUGAUAGCCAAGCUUAACCCUGCCGCAGACCCUCGAAAGAUUCGCAGAAUCUUAGCGGAGGAUCCAGAAUGGUCCCUGGCAGUGGUGCCAUCACUGACUAAUCUGUGCCUCGAUCCCAUCGUGCAACAUUUUGAAGAAAAGCCUGUUCUUGCCGAGCUCCCGGCCGCCCAGCAAUCCUACGUCCUGGAAAAGCUGCCCACUUCUCUGCCCUUGAGCGUAACCGCCGACCUGAUCGGUGUCGAGUGCUACUGGAAGCGCUGCUGCGAGGCCCGCUGGGGCCUGAACGACGUCUCCGACUACAACCACAGCUGGAAGCGCAUGUUCUUCGAGCGUCACCUGGAGAACGUGAUCGAGCUCUUCGUCCCGGACGUGACAGACACCGGGGCGGUUCUGGAGCUCGUGCCGCUGUGUCAGAACCACGUCCGGCGGCUGACGAUCGCUCAGCUUCUGCCUCCCAUCAGAGACUUCGAAGAGGCCGACGGCUCCGAUUCGGCCAGCGACGCAGGCGCCGACGAGCCCUCCAUGGAUCACUUCGACUUCCAGAUGCUGCUGGACAAACUGAGCAACCUGGAGGAGCUGCAGCUGGUUUAUGGAGUGAAAGGAUGUGGGAUGAACUUUGAGUGGAACCUGUUUGAGUUCACCUCGCGGGACUGUGGGUCUCUGGCCAAGGCUCUAAAAUCCUGCAAGUCCCUGAAGAUUUUGAGAAUCAAUCGGAGCAAAGUGGACGACGAGAAAUGCCGCGUGCUGGUCAAACACCUGCUGGAUCAUCCGUCUCUGCUGGAGCUCGAUCUCUCCCACAACCUGAUCGGGGACCGGGGAGCGAGAGCCGUCGGCAAACUCCUCAACCGCAGCCGCCUGGAGAGGCUGGACGUUAACGAUAAUCAGAUCAGAGGAGCGGGGGCGCAGGCUUUAGCUCACGCCCUCUCCAAAAACUCUGCCCUGCUGUCCCUCAAUCUCAGACUGAACCGGGUCUCAGAUGAAGGGGGGCAGGCUCUCUCUCAGGCCCUGAUGAACAAUCGGACCCUGCUGAACCUUCAUUUAGGAGCUAACGGGAUGACCGAGAGGGUGGCCAGCGCACUCUCCCAGGCUUUAGUGCAGAACUCCACGCUGACCAACCUCAACCUGUCCUGCAACAGACUGGGAGAGGAUGGAGGGAAGCUCCUGGAGGAGGCCACGUCUCACAACAGCAGCCUGCUCGAAUGUGACAUUCACCUCACCGAAAUGAGCGUGGAGAGCGAGUACCACAUCAGCCAGGUACUGCGCACCAACCAGGCCAGAGCCCAGCGCAGACACGCCCAGGACACGCCCACCAGCAGCAGUGUCAGACAGGGCAUUUAAUAAAAUAUCACACCGGGAAAGAUCA